AUGGGACUGCGAUGGGUGCGUGAAAACAUUGCCGCGUUCGGCGGCGACCCGACGAAAAUCACGCUCAUUGGACACGAUACCGGCGCGGCUCUAGUGAACCUUCUUCUACUCGCUCCAUACGGCAAAGGAUUUGUGCCACGUAUCGGACCAGGCUUACCAGUGGACCAAAACAAUCCCGAUCCAGGCCUGGACAUGGAGAGGGUCAGCGACACGUUCAUCAAGGUGCCUCUGAUCCUCGGCGUGUCCACCACAGAGUCGAACCUCGACUUCAACGAGAACGACAUCGAAUUCGGUUUCGAGGAGAAGGACCGCAACCGCAUUCUACGCACGUUCAUCAGAAACGCGUACGUCUACCACUUGAACGAGAUAUUCUCUGCGGUGAAGAACGAGUACACGGACUGGGACAAGCCUGUUCUCCAUCCUAUUAUUAUAAGAGACUCGACGAUGGAGGCGCUUAGCGACGGCCACACCGUCGCACCGCUGAUGAGGAUCGCCUUUUAUCACGCCAGAAGGGGUGCCAAGACGUACUUCUAUCACUUCAGUCAUCAAACGAAGGACAGCGGCAUCAAGCGUUUGGGAAGCAUUCGUGGCGAGAUGAUACCGUACAUUUUCGGGUUGCCGUUGGUCGCCGGAGGAGCUUUCAUCCCCCGGAAUUAUUCUCGGCAGGACCAGGGGGUGGCCGAGGCGGUCCUCACGUUCUUCACGAAUUUCGCGAAGACGGGCAACCCGAACGAGCCGCACAAAAUCGAGUCGGUCGAUUACGGGUUACCAAAAGAAAAAACGCGGUACCAUGGCUUGACAUGGGAACAAUACGAAACUGGCACUCAGCAGUAUCUCACGAUUGCGAUGAAACCGAAAAUGCGGAGCCAUUAUCGGGGACAUAAAAUGGCAGUGUGGCUGAAUCUCAUUCCACAGCUUCACAGACCCGGGGACGACGACGUUUCCAUGCGGCAUCAUCAUUUCCGAGAACGAGGCGAUCAUUUUUACGCAGGACCAGUUCGGGACGAAUGGUACACACCGUUGCCCCUCGUAGGAACGACCAAAACCAGCGGUUCGUCGACGACGGCGUGCAGCACUUCUACGAGCGAGGACACCAUCACAGAAGACAUCACACCUUUAGACGAUUCCGAAGACGAUGCUGAAUUACUGCAAAGGCUGGCUUCCCGUCACUAUUACAGCAGCACCGCAGCCCUGGCUAUCACAGUAGGAAUCGGUUGCAUUCUGCUAGUAUUGAACAUGUUGAUAUUCGCUGGGAUUUACUAUCAACGGGACAGAGACAAGAAGAGAGCGGCGAUGAACUGCACGCCGAAUGGACAAGAAUCUCUGCCUAUGACCACAAGGUCGUCUAUAAAGGGUUCGGACAGCCCCAGGCCUGAACCUCCACCGUCGUACACUACUUUAGCUAGGAGUCCUUCUAUCCAAGAACAGAUUCCACAGAGCCAACAGUCGGAAGUGGACGAACAGUGUAGGAACGAGCAAAAACCUGGCCAUGGGACCAGUAAUGCUAUACACAAGGACCCUGUGCCUCCGAAACCACCCACGAGAACCACUAGCUCUUUGAGCACCGGUAGCGGCACGAAUACGAUCAAGAAACGCGUGCAAAUACAGGAGAUAUCUGUAUAGCAUUAGGGGUUGCCCCCAGAGGGCAACUCGAAGAGUAAGAAGGUGAGUUUCGUGGAUUACGAGGCGGUAACUGAAUCCAAAUUCUAAGCAACUCGCCUCGAUGAUAAUAAAACGGGACGAGUGGUGAAAUUUGAUGAUGGCAAGUAGAAUUCUAGUGGGAUAUUGGGACUUUGAUAAUCGUACCGACGGGCGUUCGAUGGUACUUUAAAAAGAAAUGACAGUGAACUUUAGAUGGACGUGCAAUUAUUCGUUAAGUAAAUCUUGAAUCACUCCCAUGCGUAAACACUGCGGUAUAAUUACACUGCCAUAUGUUGCGAACGGUGGUUUGAACUUCACUUAAACGAGUGUUCCUUCAUUGUGCGAAACAUCUGAUUAAGAAAUUGUGUACUUCGAGAACGAUUCGCGAUCGGUCGGUUUAAGUCCGGUUAAUUGAUUUUAUACUAAUUGAAAUCCGACUUGCAGUUCUCAGUUCACGGUACCAUUACUUUUGAAUGAAACAAAUGAUCAGAGGUGUGGAUUAAAUCGAAGUUUAAGAGAGGAACAUGAAAAUUCGUGAGCGAGCGCAGUUCCGAAAAAUGUGUUCUCACGGCGAUUAGGGAAAAGUCCUGACGGGAGAUCGUCUCGCGUCUUUUCUAUUCCGACUAUUGAAAGUUGUGCUCGGAUUCGCACGGAUAAUCAAUUUAGGUAACGCGAUUACAGUAGAAGAUCGUAUAGUCGAGAAAGUGACUUCUAUAUUUUAAAAGGGAUGUGCAAGUUCGAGAUUCGCAUUGCUCACAUCAUUGUUUAUUGCAAGCGUGUGCUCAAGGCGUAAUCGUAAAGCCGAAACCGUUGAAUAAUAAACUAGACUCUCCUUUCCGACCAAGUAAUCUAAGGCGAGAUUACGCUAUUCGCACGUUCUCCGUGCAAGUAUCAUUCAUCUCCGUAGGAUAAUACCUCGAACUGAAUCUGACGUCGUUUAAAAAAAAUUGCAACCUUCCAAACGAAUAGCGUAUUUAAAAGAUUCGUAUUUUUUGCCGAUACGCACUUUAAAUAGUCUCUAAUUCUUCACGUCCUCAAUCUCGUUUAUUCUAUUUCUUUUCAAAUAUACUAAAUCUGAAACGAGAAUCUCUAUUCGAUCUUUAUAGAAUUUAGUGUCGGAACCAAGAGUUGUUAACAUAUUUUCGGUCAUAGCGUUUUUCUGAAUUCUCGAAUCUUAAAACAUUCAUAAUCCAGACUGAUCAUCGAGACUACAGUCGUUAUGCUAAGGUAAAAACUCUUCCUAAUAAGGAAAUCAACCACGAAUUUCAGCGGACGUGUAUAAAAAAAAAAAGGGAUAAGAGUCUGUUUGAUAUAGAGGAGUCUAUCCAAUCGAUUGUACGCAUUUUCCGAACCGAGGGAUGUGUAUGGGUACGAUUAAACGUAACAUUGUAAUUUAGGUAGCAAUCAUACUAUGCACGGUGUCGCGUAACUGUACUAUCGAUUUCGAUCAUUUCCAAUAAUGUGAAAGGGUGACGAGGUGAGGCAACAUGGUUCAAAUCGCCAGCACUUUGUAACUGUUCGUUAAUUGUGUGAACGGGAUUAUCGAGCACGUACCAGUGAAAUUUAAAUAUAGUAGAUUAGACCACCUUUGUAAAUUUCACUGUAAAACAAUAAAACGCUGAUUUCUAAAUACA